AAACGAGAAAAAAAAAACACAUUCCCCUACUCUAUUCUUCUUCUCCUUCUUUCUUUCUUUUUUUUUUCUUUAAUUAUAUAAAAUAUUACCACCAUGGCACCCUUUAAUAAUUUGAUUACUUUAGUUAUCACUUUACUUUUCAUGCAAGCUGCUUUUGCUCACUUCCAUUUGUAUUAUCCAGUCUCGCGAGGUUUCAAUGAAGAUCAGGAACCAGUUGCUCCUUGUGGUGGUUUCAAUGCAAUUGGUAAACGUACCGAGUUCCCUCUUAAGGAUGGCUUUGUAGCAAUUCAUUCUGGUCAUGUUUCAUACUCUUAUACCGUAAAUGUUCUUGUUAAUAACAAUCCUACCACUUCUGAUUUCUCUUCAAAUUCAAUUAUUCAAGUAGCCUCUGGUAACCGUAACAGUCCUCAAGCUGCUUGUUUACCUCUUGAUCUUACAAAGGAUUCUGCUAUUAAAGCGGGUGCUAAUGCUACUAUUCAAAUUAUUUAUAGUGGUGGUGAUGGUGACUUAUACCAGUGCACUGAUAUUAUCUUUUCUGAUUCUCCUUCUGGUUGGAAUAGUAGUGCUUGUAUAAAUACUAGUAAUUCUUCUACCACAUCCUCCUCUUCUCCUCCCUCUACAACUAGCAGCGCUACCUCUCUUACUAUCACAUGCAGUUUGAUGGUCUUCAUUGCUGCUUGUAUUUCCUAUAUCAUUGCUUAAUUAUAUUAAAAUUAAACUUUAUACGCAAAUGAAUUAUUAUGCAUGAUACCGUACUUAUGAAAUAUAUUUAUUUUAUUUUAUUUU